AUGGCAGCUGUUGAGAGAAACAUGGUACAAAUUAAAGAACACAUGAAGCGCACCUUUGCUCUGCGCCGCGAAGAGAUCGUUGCAACCUCUCCUCCUGUGACUGCGCUGAAGGAAAGAUUGCCUGGACUAUUUCAUGAAUCACAGCUCUACAGCGAGUUUCUUUGGAUAACUAAUGAAAACCUGCCCCAUCUCUUCUAUGGCUCGCUUGAUAAAUACGCACCAAAACUCAUUGAGCUUUACAAAAAGAAGACAUCAGGUCCCUGGGGGGAAAAGAUGGAACAACUUCUGACAGUUUAUGAACAACAGGAGAAGAAUGACAUAAAUGUCAUUAGAACAGUAGCCCUGUCCGGCCUAAUAAUCCAUUUGAAGGAGGACUCAUCUAAUCUCUUCCGGAUAUGCAAGGACGAAAUGGAUUUUCAAGAGGGAACUGUUGCACUUGUGGCUAUGGCUGAUGAUGUCCCAGGCGGUGUUCCAUUCUCAACUCAACAAGUCUUCAUUGUGCUCGAGGACCAGGUUGUAAUGUCCAGCACAUCAUGGACUGAUGCUCUAGUGUGUUUGUUUGGGUUGAUUUAUGCUCUGCAUCUGAGAUACCCGGAGAAGUGCAUUGGCUUUUUUGAGUUCAUUCAAGGCUGA